AUGCAGACUAUGUUCUUGACUCAGUUCCAAGCAACCGUCAAGUACGCUCCACCAGUCACCACUUUGGCGAAUAUCAAACAGAAGGAAGGAGAGACUCUCCAUGCUUACUUCAAACGUUUCAAUGUAGAGUCAUCCAAUGUUCGGGGAGCAACUGAUGAGACACUGAAAAGCUUCUUGGUGGCUGGGCUUCGGGUAGGAACCGACUUUUGGAAGCACUUGCAAGGCAAUGAUCCCAAGUCUCUGGCAGAUCUGUAUGCAAGGGCUGAGGCAUUCAAGAAUGUUGAACAGUCACUGGCUGAGAGUCGAAAGAAUGAGAGAAGCCCUGGUAAGGCUCGACAAAAGAGAAGGGACCGGUCCCCAAGUCCAGAACAAAGGGGGAGGCGACGAAGUCCCAACCGGGUCAACACCAUGUAUAGAAGGAACUAUACACCUCCUCGAGAUCACGAAGAAAGGGGAAAUCGCUGGACACCGCUUGCCGCGCCCAUUGAUCACAUCUUCGAAGUUAAUCGUGACAAGGGACUCUUCCGCAGGCCAGCUCCACUAAAUUCUUGGCAAGCCAAGAAUAAGGACAAGUACUGUGAGUACCACGAAUCAACCGGGCAUGAUACUCAUGAAUGCAGACAACUAAAAGAAGAGAUCGAAUCGUUAAUCAAGGAAGGUCAACUUAAUGAGUGGAUAGUUCGUGAAGCCCGGUCCCGACGGGACAUUCGAGCCAAGGACAAAAGGGGACUUGGCUAUACUGGCGAUCAAGAAAGGGGGAAGCAAGAGGACAUCCAGUUCGUUAAGGAGGGGAGCAUUCAUGUCAUCUUUGGAGGACCACAUUUGGCCGGUGAGGGGACCAGGGCUAUGGAGAGAUAUGCGAAGAAAGCGAAAGGUAGGCCCCUUACCAAUAUACAUAAUUUGUCAUCUAGACCGCCUAAGAUCUUUAGAGGUGAAGCUAUUGACAUUACCUUUUCAGAAGAAGAUGCCAGAUGGGUUCACCACCCGCACAAUGAUGCCCUAGUGAUCGCCCUUCGCAUUGGUCCAAUGAAUGUUCACCGUGUGCUGGUUGAUAACGGUAGCUCUGUUAACAUUAUCUACUACAGUACCUACCAGAAGCUAGGACUCCCAGACAAGGAUAUGAAGGUGGAAGAGGUGUAUAUAUAUGGGUUCGGGGGAGAAGCGGUAAAAGUGAAAGGAACAAUACGGCUCCCAGUGACCCUAGGAGAGGGAACAUGUUCAGUCACUCAGGUCAUGGAUUUUAUGAUUGUAGAUCAUGACUCAUCACAUAAUGCCAUCAUUGGGCGACCGCUACUAAAGGAGAUGAGGGUGGUCACAUCAAUUUACCACUUGUCUAUGAAAUUCCCAACGCCUGGCGGAGUUGGAAUUGUGAGGGGAUGCCAAUACGACUCUAAAGAAUGCUACCUGCAGUCUUUUAAAGGUUUCAAGAAGAGUAGGUCCCUGAAAGAGCCCAUUGGUGCCAGCACAGGUGAGGAGGUCAAUAUGACUUACUACGUCCAGUUUCCUGAUGAAGAAGAUAAUCUCAAGCGAUCAAAAGGGAAAGAAGCAAUGGAAGUAGAUUCGGAUGCGGAGCUUAAGCCUUGCUCUAUAUGGGAAAAAGGGGAGACAUCCGGAACCAAAGAGGAGUCCGAUCUAGACCCAAGGCUGCCCCUGGAGUCAACCAAGACCGGUCCAGCUGAAGAUACCGUUGAAAUCCAGGUUGGGGAAGCCAAAGAGGCCAAAAUAUUAAAGAUAGGAUCUAAGCUGAAAGGAGAGUUGAAGGCAAGCCUUAUCCAUUUCUUAAGAAGCAACUUGGAUGUUUUUGCUUGGUGUCAUGCCGAUAUGGUAGGGAUCGACCCAGAAAGAAGGCCUGUUAGUGGAGAAAGGGCCCAAGCACUAAAGGAAGAGGUUGACCGGUUGUUGGGUGCUAAGCUGAUCAAGGAAUCAUUCUACCCUACAUGGCUGGCUAACCCGGUCCUUGUCAACAAACCUAAUGGGAAGUGGAGAACCUGUGUUGAUUUCACUGAUCUAAACAAGGCAUGCCCAAAGGAUAGUUUCCCUCUUCCAAGGAUAGAGCAGUUGGUAGAUGCCACUGCUGGACAUGCCUUGCUGAGUUUCAUGGAUGCCUAUUCAGGAUACAAUCAGAUCCCCAUGCAUGAGCCAGAUCAGGAACAUACUUCAUUUAUAACAGACAGAGAGUUGUAUUGUUAUAUAGGAAUGCCAUUCGGGCUAAUCAAUGCUGGCGCAACUUACCAACGCCUUGUGAAUAUGAUGUUUAAAGACCAGAUUGGUAAGACUAUGGAGGUUUAUGUAGAUGACAUGCUGGUCAAGUCCAAGGAGGCGCAAGAUCACAUUCAGCACUUGGCUAAAAUGUUUGACAUACUUAGGAAGUAUCGAAUGAAGCUGAAUCCCCAGAAGUGUGUAUUUGGAGUUGAGUCUGGUAAAUUCUUGGGGUUCAUGGUAAAUCAUCGAGGGAUCGAAGCUAACCCUGCAAAAAUCAAGGCAUUACUUGAUAUGAAGUCUCCUCAGAAUGUUAGGCAGGUUCAGAGCUUGACAGGAAGGAUAGCGGCAUUGAAUAGAUUUGUGUCCAAGUCCUCAGAUAGAUGCAAGGAGUUCUUUAAGGCUAUCAAAGAUGCAGGAAAGACGUUCGUAUGGACAGAUGAGUGUGAGGGGGCCUUCCAGCAGAUAAAGGAGCAAUUGCGGAAGCCGCCUCUCUUGGCCAAACCCAUAGAGGGAGAAACGUUGAUCUUAUACCUGGCUGUUUCAAGAUACUCGGUCAGUGCUGUCCUUGUAAAGGAGGAAAAGGAUGUUCAGCUCCCGGUAUAUUAUGUUAGCAAGAGAUUACAGGAUGCGGAGACGAGAUACACCAGCAUGGAAAAGUUGGUAUAUUCAUUGAUCUUAGCAGCAAGGAAGCUUCGUCCAUAUUUUCAGGCACACAAGAUAGAGGUAAGAACCUCUUAUCCUCUACGUCAGAUUAUGCAUAAGCCUGAAGCCACGGGAAGACUCAUGAAGUGGGCUGUUGAGUUGGGACAGUUUGACUUAGAUUAUAAGCCUAGGGUUACUAUCAAGGGUCAAGCCCUGGCUGAUUUCUUGUUAGAAUUUGAAGAUGAUGCUCAGGAGUGGGCAAUAGUACCAUAUAGUCCAGUUGUUGAACCCAUUGAGGGUCUUUUGAUAGAGGAUGAUGCAUGGUGGAAUUUGCAUGUCGAUGGAGCUGUCAACUCAGAUGGAGCUGGAGUGGGGAUAGUUUUGGUUAGUCCCGGGGGGUGUCGAUUGUUAAGUGCCAUCCACCUAGGGUUCCCCGCAACCAAUAAUGAUGCAGAAUAUGAAGCUUUGAUCAAUGGUCUAGCCCUAGCCGUGGAAAUGAAGGCUAGGAACCUUAUUGUGUACAGUGAUUCAAUGUUGGUGGUCCACCAGGUAAAUGGGGGGUUCUUAGCUCGAGGUUGGAGGACGAACUUAUACAUGACCCAUACGCAAGAGUUGAUGAAGAGGUUCAAAGAGGUACAUUUGGAAAAGGUUCCUCGCGAGAAAAAUGAAGGUGCUGAUGCAUUGGCCAAGGCCAGUUCUAGAAGGGACACCAAGUUAUUAGGAACUAUCCAAUUCUGUGUUCAGGAGAAGCCAAGUGUGUCAGAAGCACAGAAGGUCACCCGGUUCAGAGAAGAUCUGAUGGAGGUAGAAGAUGAAGUUGUGGAUACUUGGAUGACUCAUAUACUUAGGUUCAUCCAGGAAGGUCAGCUCCCGGAAAGUGUAAAGGAAGCCAGAAGUCUCAGAUACAAAGCAGCGAGAUUUGUAAUAUAUGAUGGUGUCUUGUACAAGAGAGGGUUCAACCAGCCGCUGCUAAAGUGUAUUGCAGGGGAAGAGUGCAAUUAUAUCUUAAGGGAAGUGCAUGAAGGAAUAUGCGGCAAUCACUCGGGGGGUAGUUCACUUGCACUGAAGAUCCUUAGGCAAGGAUACUACUGGCCAACUAUGAGGAGUGAAGCAAGCAAGUUCGUGCAGGCAUGUGACAAGUGCCAGCGAUUUGCCACAUAUUCAUCUCGUCCUGCAGCAAGUCUGACUCCGUUACUCAGUCCAUGGCCAUUCGCUUUGUGGGGGAUAGAUCUCAUUGGAGAGCUUCCAAAAGCUAAAGGAGGAGUCAGGUAUGCAGUAGUGGCAGUAGAUUACUUUACAAAAUGGGCCGAGGCCGCGCCUCUAGCAACCAUUACUGCUAAGAAGAUAACAAGUUUUGUAUUCAAUUCAAUCGUGUGCAGAUUUGGUAUCCCGUACAAAUUGAUAUCUGACAAUGGGAAACAGUUCGACAGCAAAGAGUUGAAGAAAUUGUGUGAUGACCUGAAUAUAAGGAGAAACUUCGCAGCCGUGUACCAUCCACAAAGCAAUGGACAGACUGAAGAAAUUAACAAGAUCAUCAAACACACGCUGAAGGCCAAGUUGGAAGAGAAGAAAGGUGAGUGGCCAGAGGAGCUUCCAAUGGUACUAUGGUCAUACAACACUACGCCAAGGACAACCACUGGGGAGUCGCCGUUCAUGUUGACCUAUGGCUGUGAAGCAAUGGUUCCAGUAGAGGUUCCUUCAGAAGAGACCACUUCCAGGAAAAGGGCAAUGUUGUCAACCAGAGGCUACAUCUAG